UGCUGCUGCUGGAUCACAGGCGAAUCAGAAAAUCAAUUAAGUUAUGAAAAAUACCAUUAAUUGCCUUUCUUUGUCGCCGCUGCUCAUGAAGAAAUGGCGGAUCGCCAGACGUUGUACAUUUGAGGAAAAACACUUCGCAUCUAAUGGCGUGUAUUCCGAUGACAAAGACCAUCUCAAUCGACACGGAUAUUUACGUUUUUUAGAAAUAUUGAAGAAUAUCUUCCAAACGGAUGAGAAUGAGCUGAUGGUUGUGGAAGUCUGCAAGAAGACGUUGCUAAAAAGAGAGAGGCUGUCUGGAAGAUGCCAAGAAAAAAACAACAGAAUCCACAGCCAGUCAAGUUGGAUUCUGAAGAUGGUGUAGCCAUUGAAGCUCCAGGAAACCUCACCUUAGACACAGACUUCCUUCUAGGACAAGACCUAGACUUUGGCGAUCCUGAUCAUGACAACAAGAUUCUAGGCCUUGAAAAGUUCUCAGAAGUAGCAGCUGAGAUUGGUUUCUCUGUGUUUCCUCUGGGUGAUGAGGAGAGCCCUGCUUACAGCCAGCUCAGCAUGGAAAGUGAAAUAGACAACUCGCACGGCACAACUGACAACGGUAGGGAAGACGAGGGCAGAGCAGCCCAGUCCGAGCCCAGUUUUCCUCCCUACCUGUCCUGCAGGGGCUGCGGACAGCUCCGUGAUGAGCCUCUGGGACCUGGCAUAGACCUGGUUGGUCCAUACUGCCUUAGGUGCUGCAAAGCCUCCAGGGAAGCCAAAAGUACAGACUUUUGUUCACCUUUUGGAAGCAUCGGCGGGAUGCGCUCAGAUUCCCAUUUGCAGCUUGACGGCGAAGGGGUGGGAAACGGGAUGGGCGACAAAACCCUGACCGCCGAGGACAAAUUGGCCAAACUGCACUCGUGCCACCUCUGUGGCUUCUCCUCGCGUUACGCCAACCACGUGAAGCGUCACAUGAAGACGCACAACGGGGAGAAGCCCUUUAACUGCCCCUUGUGCACUUACGCCUCAGCCCAGCUGGUGAACCUGCAGAGACACCUGCGCAUUCACACAGGGGAAAAACCUUACAAAUGUGACAUCUGCACUUUUGCCUGCAGUUCCCUUGGCAACCUCAAGAGGCAUCAGCGGAUGCAUGUGCCCUCUGCAGUGGCGGGACAGGACACGCCACCACGACCUGUCAGUGGCCAAAACAGCCUGAAGAGGCAUGUGACUGGGCAAAGGCCCAAUGAUGAAGCGUCGGGUACUUCAGCCAAGGUUUCAGACGUUGCGAGGCCAACUUCAAACCUGACUUUAGGAGCCCAAAACAAUGACUACCUAUCAGCCUUUGAUGGCUUAAAGGGAGCAUCAUCACCACCACCACCACCACCACCACCCAUAGCAUCUUCUAACCCAGCUCCUGGCCACCAGCCUCCACCCCUGCUGGACACCACAGGAAGUGGCGGCGGCAGCAGGGCGACCAGAGCGGGCGUAGCAGACGGUGCCGCCCUCCCCCCUUCACUUUUCCCUUUCACUUGCCGGUUGUGUGGCAUUGUCCUGGAGGACGAGGAUGGCUCCUCAGCCCAGAUUUGUGCCAAGUGUACCCUCGAAAUGCUGACUAAGGACUCUUCAUCCUCUCCCAACAGCCCUGGUGAGCGCAGCGACAAGGUGUACACCUGCGCCGCCUGCCCUUUCCUCACACACUACCCAAACCACUUGGCACGCCACAUGAAAACUCACAGCGGCGAGAAACCGUACAAGUGCCCACAGUGCGACUAUGCCUCAGCGCACUUCGACAACCUCAAGCGCCACCACAGAGUGCACACAGGCGAGAAACCUUACAAGUGCCAUUUGUGCGAUUACGCCUGCGGGAACCUGGCGAACCUGAAGCGCCACCAGCGGGUGCACUCGGGGGCAAAGCCCUUCCAGUGUGCCGUCUGCAGCUACAGCUGCAACCAGAGCAUGAACCUGAAGCGGCACAUGCUCCGGCACACAGGAGAGAAGCCGUACAAAUGUCAGGAGUGCGGCUACACCACCGGCCACUGGGACAAUUACAAGAGACAUCAGAAGAAACACGGCCUGGCCACAGACGGCUGGGUCAAAGUUCCAAUGACUGGCAACAACGAAGAGGAAGAGGAAGUGAGGAAAGGAAUGGGAGUUGGCAUUCCAACUCACAGAAAAGAAACGGGGGUUGAUAUGCAGUACAUGUCUAGGGAGGGAGGUCAGACAAUACACUCAUGCUACAAACUUGAGAUUGCAUAAAAUAUAACUCAGCAAAACUAAGCUACCAGCAACUUGUUUUUUUUUUUCACCGAGCCUUUAUAUUGUUUUAGUGUGUGUCGGUCUUAAGUGUUUUGUCAGAUGUCUUCAGAGGCUGCUAAUUGAUCAUUUUUAGAAUAUUGCACAAUUAUGUAACAAUUCUGAAUAUUUUGAUCCUUUUUUUUUUAUUUUUUUAAUUAAGGUGGAUGAGUCUCUUCAGAGUUUGUCUUCUACUCUGUAUUUCUGUCAAGACAAAUGGACUUUAUCUACUGUGGAAGUCCUUACUGUCUUAUUCUGUAUGUUAACACCACACUCGGCUAAUUCAAAUUUUCCCUCUCCUAUUACAACACAUAUCUGGUUCUUCAUUCCAGGACAGAGAACACUACCAAAUACUCCAAUACAUGUGCACAUUUUUUGGCUGAACUGUUGAGCUGCACUGUGUAGUUUUUUCAAUUUUAUUUUGUAUUACAAGUUUAGGUCAAACCUUUUUGUUUUGUGCCAAAUAUCUAAUGAAACAACUUGAAUGUUACUGAUAGAUGAUCAUUCACCUGAUUUAACUUUGCUUUGCUUCAUGAGGAUAUUUUGACUGCACAGUGCAGCUUUAAGUAAAGAUGGGUCCUUGUAAGGACCAAUAUUGUGCUUUUUAUUUGCAUUGGGGCCCAAGCUCUGGUAAUGGCAUGGCUUCAGAAUAAUGUACUAAUGUAUGUACUAGCAAGGUGCUAUUUAAUAAUACUGGACUUGUUUCACCCUUGAUAAACUAUAUUGAUUAAUUAGGUUGCGUUAACUAAAAAAAAAAAAAAAUCUCCCAUGUCUUAGACUGCAUUGUCAUCUUUGCAGAACCCCUCAGGAUUAUGAAAUGUGAUUUAAAAAAACAAACACUUAACUUGCAUGCACAUUUUGAAAGGCCCCCUUUAGUCUUCACUUGGUUGUAUGGUUAAAGAAAAAGCACAAUCAUACACACCGUUGCAUUGAACAUGUUUGCGACUAAGUUGUGGAGGGGAAAUAAGCAUUGGUUGACAUGUAUUUGAUUCAGGAGUAACAAAUUGUAAACGAGCUUGUUCAAAAGAUUAUUUUUUUUUAACCCCACAAACUUGUUCUUGCUACAUAUCAUUAAUCUUUUAAUUUCUAAUAAUUUGGAUCAUGUUCCUUGUGAUUACGGUUUACUAUCGACUGUGAAAUUAGCCCAUUCUCGUGUUUUUUUACUUGAAAAAGAUGACUAUUAAUAAGCAUGCAAGUGUGUAAUAGUGGUUUUAUUUUUCUAAUGUGGCUGUAAUACACUGCUAGAAGUGCAUACUUUAAUAUAUAUAAUUGUGUUUUUAUUAUUUUGAAUGUGUGAUGUGUCAUUUAGUUCCCAUGGGAAAAAUAUUAGGGACUGUGAUUUAAGUUUACGCUCUUUUUGAAUUACUAUAAUAUGCAAGGGAGAUAUUUUUCAGGUUGCCAACUUGCUGUGACACAGUGGAACAUUGAUUAGUACUGGCAUCCCCCAAGUGUCCGUUUUUGUCUUCAUGCAGUGUCUCAUAAAUGCCUUAAGUGAGGAUUUUGAAAUAAACAUUGAAUUCAUUUCAUUGAAUGUCAGA